AUGAAUUCUCGCCUCUGUUUGCUGAGUGUGUGCUUCUUCCUUUUGGUUGCAGCAUCCUCUCUUCUCCACGCUAAAUUAUUGGUUCAAGACGAUGACUCGUCUCCUGCUUUGAAUUUGGAUAUCAUCAGACAUGUCCGAAGAAAGCGCACCACUUGGGAAGCCGGAAUCAACAAGAGAUUUGUUGGUAAAACCAUUGCUGAUGUCAAAAAGUUGUUGGGUCUCAAGGGUUUGAAACCAACUAUUCGUUACUCCGAAGAUGAAAUGGCUCUUGUCAAUCAAUAUUAUGCUGCCAAGCAAGGACAACCUUCAGCUCUCCCUGAUAGUUUUGAUGCUCGUCAACAAUGGCCAACUUGUAUUCAUCCAAUUCGUAAUCAACAACAAUGUGGAUCUUGUUGGGCUUUUUCUGCUUCUGAAGUGUUGUCAGAUAGAUUUUGUAUUGCUACUUUGAAUCAACCAAAGAAGGUGAACGUUGUCUUGUCACCACAAGAUUUGGUAUGUUUUGUAUCUUGCAAUUGGUACAACAAUGGAUGUGAUGGAGGUAUUUUGUGGCUUGCUUGGAUGUAUUUGGAACAUACUGGAAUUGUUCCUGACUCAUGCAUGCCAUACGUGAGUGGAAAUGGUGUUGCUCCAAGUUGUCCUAAAUAUUGUAAUGGUACUAACAUUGAUAUCAACACUCAAAAAUAUAAGGCCAAAACAUGGUAUGAAGUUGGCUCUAUUGCUGGUUUCUUUAUUAAGGAAGAAAAGAUUAUGAAUGAACUUAUUACCAACGGUCCUGUGCAAACAGGUUUUUCUGUGUAUCAAGAUUUCAUGUCUUAUAAGAGUGGAGUUUACACUCAUGAAACUGGUUCCUUCUUGGGUGGUCAUGCUGUCAAGAUUGUUGGUUAUGGUGUUGAAAAUGGUGUCAAGUAUUGGUUGGUUGCAAACUCUUGGUCUGCUGAUUGGGGUCUGGAUGGUUAUUUCAAGAUUAAACGUGGAGUUAAUGAAUGUGGAAUUGAAGGAGACGUUUAUACUGGUAUUCCGAACACUGACACUAUUCCAAAUCUUUAA